AUGGCAUCAAAUCAGGAAGAAGUGAAACUUUUUGGAAUGAGAGGAAGUCCAUUUGUAACCAGGGUAGAUAUAGCUCUAAAUUUAAAGGGAAUUGAAUACGAAUAUGUGCAAGAAAAAUUAGGAAACUUUAGUGAAACACUCAUCAAAUAUAAUCCAGUUUAUAAGAAAGUUCCUGUAUUAGUUCAUAAUGAAAAGCCAAUAUCAGAAUCAAUUUUGAUUCUUGAGUACAUAGAUGAAACAUGGAAGCAGAAUCCAAUCUUGCCUUCUGAUCCUUACAAAAGAGCCUUGGCUCGUUUUUGGUCUAAGUUCAUAGAUGAUAAGUUUUUGGGUGCUGUACGGAUAGCUACUUCUUCUCAUGAUGAAAAGGAACGUGAGGAGAGUUUUAAGGAGAUAGAAGUGGCUUUUCAAUUUCUUGAGAAUGAACUUAAGGAGAAAUAUUUUGGUGGAGAAGUGAUUGGGAUUGUUGAUAUUACUGCUGUUUUUGUAGCUUUUUGGUUUCCUAUUAUACAAGAAGCUGCAGGAUUGGAGUUGCUUACUAGUGAUAAAUUUCCUAAGCUUUAUAAAUGGAGUGAAGAUUUCAAUAAUCACCCAGUUGUUCAGGAACAAUUACCUCAGAGGGAAACACUUUUGGCCUUCUUUAAAGCUCGUUUUGAAAGUUUGGUUGCUUCAAAAUAG